UUAAUGAUAAUACAAGUAGCACUGAGCAUGCUCCCCAGAGACCAACAUCUCAAGGGAAUAAUUUAAUGGAACAAAGUUUGAAUGUUGAAGAAGCUGAUUGUAAACGGAAAGAGGAGGAAAUUAAAUUAAGCGAAAAUUCUGUGAUCUCGGAAGAUAACUCAAAAGAGGGUAAAGUUAUGUUGUUAGCUUUAGAAAGGGACACAGCUGGUUGUGAAGUUGAUGGCCGAUUAUUUAUGCAAAUGUCAAAUACUGAAAGCAACACCGGCAAAAUGUCGGAACAUUCUAAAACAAACAAUGCAGAAAUAAAAACUCCUCUUUCCGAACCAUUGUCAGCUUCUUCUACCGAUAUUAAUAAUGAUGAAACUAAUGAUUUGACUAUGUACCGCGAUCCCUCCGAAAGCAGGGAGAGCACUGUUGAACCUAACGAUAAUAAGGGGUCACAUUCAGAAGGGGAUUUGGUGUUGGAUCAGUACUCAGAAGAUGUUACUGAUGCUUUAGAAAAUGUUUUCCCUUUGGAUCAUCUGAAUUCUCCUAAUUUCACAUUACCUCGAGAUGAUUCUGGCAUUUCUUCAGAUGUUCCAACUAUUUCAAUUUCAAAUUCCAUUGGUGAAAAAUUUAAUUCCGGUUCUGAAUGUGACCCAGAUGAGUUCUUUGACGCUCCAUCAACACCCUUGAAAUCCCCUUUUAACACUGACACUCAAUUUGAAUUGGGGGCCGAUCAAGGUAAAAACAAGGGGAAUUCUGACCAGGUGGAGAGCGCCUUAACUGAGAGCGAAGUUGAACAAAAUGUACAGACCAGUGUUGUAUCGGAGUCCCCACUUAAAUCUGACAAAAAUGUCACUUCAACAGAAACGAAAGAAACACAACCCAAGUUGGACAAUUCUGUAGUUUUAGAUGAAGAUCUUUUUAGCUCUUUUGUUGAAACAAAUAAAAGUGGACGUAAAAAGAAAAAAUCACAAUCAGAAUCGGAAAAUAAUCAAACCACUGAUAACAUUGUUGAAAGUUGCCAAGACAAUGAAAAAACAUCCACGGGAAUUAUUGAAACUGAGUCAGUUAAACCUAAAAAUAAAAAGGGGAAAAAUAGGAAAAACAAAAAUAAGGGAAAUAAAAAAGAAAGUACUGUGGAAAAUCGCGAAGCAUCGUCAGAAAUGAUUCAAACUUCAGAUAAUACUGAAACUGAAUCGGGGCCAUGUGCAACGGAAAAUAAAAGUGAAACUAAUUCAGAUAAAAGUGAAAUUAAUUCAGAUACAGGUCAAAUUAAAUCAGUUGAAAGUCAAACUAAAUCAGAUCAAAAUGAAACUAAAUCAGAUCAAAAUGAAACUAAUUCAGAUAAAAGUGAAACUAAUUCAGAUAAAAGUGAAACUAAAUCAGAUAAAAGUGAAACUAAAUCAGGUAAAAGUGAAACUAAAUCAGGCAAAAAGAAAAAUAAAUCAAAAUCUCAAAAACUUGAAUCAAAGUCGGAAGAAAGUAAGUCUGAAGCAACUGAUGCAAGUCAAAUAGAAACCAAAAGUGAAAAUAAGUCAGUGAAAGAAACAAAAUCUGGUAAAAAGAAAAAUAAAUCAAAAUCUGGUAAAACUGACGAAACUAAAUCACAAGAAAUCGGCAUAGAUCAAACUGAGACUAAAUCUGGGGAAAUUGGGACUGAAAUUGAUAAUUAUGAAACUAAAUCGGAAAAAACUGAAAUUGAAUCAGAGACCAUUGGGCCGAAAUUAGAAAAACCAGAAUCAAAUAGUGAAACUAAAUCUGAGAAGAAUAAGGGGAAAAAGGGGAAACGUAAGGGGAAGGGUGGGAAACAGAAACAAAAAUCAGUUGAUUUAGAAUCGGGGGCAGCAGUUGUUGGUGAUAAAGUUGUAGGUUCAGGUUCUAGUACAGUUGUUGGUGCUGAGGAUUGUUUGAAUAUCAGUAAAGUUGAGAAAGGUAGUUUAGGUGUUGAUAAAGUAGAUUUAGUAGAUGAUAAUUUAGUAGAAUCUGAAGAAUGUCAGGAGAAAUUUGAAGAUGAACAAGUUAAAUCUGAGAAAAAUCCAGGUGAGGAAAAACCAGUUGAAGUGGGUGAAUUGACAGUUGAUGACAAGGAUAAAACAUUUGAAUCACAAGAAAAGCAAGUUGUGCAAGUGGAGAAGCUGGAUGAGCCUGAGAAAAAAAUAGUUGAACUCGAAGAAAAGCCAGUUGAACUCGAAGAAAACCCAGUUGAAAUUGAGGAAAAGCCAGUUGAAAUUGAAGAAAAGCCAGCUGAAACUGAGGAAAAGACACUUAAAAUUGAAGAAAAGCCAGCUGGAAGUGAGGAAAAGACACUUAAAAUUGAAGAAAAGCCAGCUGGAAGUGAGGAAAAGACACUUAAAAUUGAAGAAAAGCCAACUGAAAGUGAGGAAAAGCCAGCUGAAAUUGAGGAAAAGAUAGGUGAAUUAAACUUACAGGAGAAACCCGUUGAACCUGUCCAAGAAUCUGAUGAAUCUAAGGAAAAGCAACUUGAAUCUCAGAAGACAGUUGAAUUUGUAGAGAACACUGGUAAAAUGGCCGUUAAACUGGAGGAUGUGACAUUAGAUGAGACUUCUACUGAAGAUGCCUUGACAACAAAUGAAACUUCAAAACUAAGAGAUACAAAUGACACUGAUGAUGUGGGUAUUAAAACUGCUGGUCAGAAAGCACUAGGCGGUCUUUCCAAUAUCAUUCAAACAGUUGUUGGAAUUGCCUCAGAAAGUCUCAGUGGACACACUGGUGAAAAUGAUGCUCCAACUGUCCAUGAAAGGGAUCAAAUCUCCGAAGAACUGUCAAACAAAAAUGAAGGUGAUGAUGAUCUUGCUAAAAAUAUGGUAGAGGAGACUUUUGAUGACCAACAAAGAGAUGGUAAAAUUGUGAUGAGUAUUACUGAAUUAACUCAGCCAGAAGAAGCUUCAAUAGAAUCUUCUGAACCAUAUGACGACUCAAAAUCAAGCAUAGAUUCAGAGAGAGACGUGUGCACUGGGUCUUCAGGACAGUUUGAGGAUGCAGAAUCUGACAAGGAUUCAGUGGUGGAGUCUUCCAAACAGCCAGUUGGAGAUGAGGUAAUAAAGUGCUUUGAUGUAACAAGUAAAGUCCUUCCUUUGGAAGAUUCUAAAGACCAAGAUGAGUCUAUUAAUACGAAAGACUUGUCUUGUGCCGUAAUGGAGACCCAGUCUGCAGAAGAUUCCACAGUAGAUGAGUCUCACCAAGGAAAAGGUGAUGGUUCUGAAGUGGAAUUUAAUAAACCCUCUGAACAACUUCAGUCCAUUGGAGAUGCUAAAGAAACUGAAUCAGCUAAAGGAUCUAAAACAGAAGUGUCUGAUGAUGUUGACAAACAUGAUUCUGCUAUAGAGGAGACCAGAAAUUUAGAUCUAAUGGACCAAGCAGCAGAAAUGUUGGCAAAAUUACAGAAGCUUAAAUCCAGUAAAAAGAAUAAAACAAAAAAGGCUGAACAGAAGGAAGAAUCUAAAUCAGAUAAAGAUAAGAAGCCUGAACUCACUUCAGGGGUCCACGAAACAGAAGAUGAAAAAGACAAUCUUCAAAAAACUAAUGACAUCAGUUCAUCUGAGGAAGAACCAACUAAUGAAACUUCAUCUCCCAAAGAAAAUCUUCCUGAUGAUAAAACAGAUGAAACCUUAGCUUUCCAAGAAAUGUUUCCUGAAAAUGAAGUGAUAGGUGCCACAGCUCCUAAAGAGAAGGUUAUCAUGACGACAGAUUUAGAUGCAUCUGACCCAGAGACUGAUCCUGUCCCAGGUGAAGAAGCACCAGCCACUUCCAAUGAAGAAUACAGUUUUGAUGAUAUUGAUGAUGUUCUAGGAGAAGAUACUGUCGAACGUCGCCCAAAAACAGAUCCAAUUCUUGCCAAGACAAUUCCAAGUGUGGUAGAACCUGAAGGAACUCAUCCUACUAGUUCUCCGAAAGUUGACAAAAGAUCAUCGUCUAGUCAAAAAGAAGAGAAGAAAAAGAAGAAAGAUGAGGCUAAAUCUCAUAAAAGAAGCUCAAAAGAAAGUUCAGGAAGUAAAGAUGGGAACAGGCUCUCAACAACCAGCUUAAACGAGUCUCCGCCAAGUCCUCGAACGGAUGAAAAGGGUGAAAAAAAGAAGAGGGGCUUCUUGAGUUUCUUCAGAUAAUAUUUAGACAGUGCAUUGACAAGUUUCUUUUGAAAUGUUCAUUCCAUAUCACUUUGCAAUUUCUAGGUUUUGGUGUUUCAUUUUGUGAUUUCAAAAUUUAUUUUGGUGGGAUUGGUAUUAAAAGAGCCUCUCUGUUGUUCCAUCGAAGAUCAACAGAUUUGGUCAAUAUUGAGGGCUUUUAGUAUAGCUAAAAUGAUUUAUGAACUUGUUGCAAGUAUUCAAUUGUUUCAAGUUUUGCUUAAUGAUCUCAAAAUGAAUCUCAAAAGUUACUCAAACGUGUGAAAUCAGUCAAUUAUCUCCCUUCGUAUAUCAAAGUACCUGAUUACAGGCAUCUAUCCAUUUGAAUUCUGAUUGCUUGGAUUUGCCUCGAUCAAACAGGCAUCUCUUUUUGAGGUUAGAAUUAAAGAUUUCUGUUUUCUAGACUAGGUUAAUUUAUUAUUUCAUCCAAUUGUAAAUAAUGUUUCGUAGACCAAGACUUUUUAUAGCAUAUUAUUUAGUAUCGGUGUUAGCUUUUAUUUCAAACAUAUUUGCCUGUCGCGACUGAUGAACUGAGAUUAGUAUACUUGAUCAGGUAGAGCAUUUACCUGUCCAUCAUAAAAUGACAUGUUUCUAAUAAUUAAACCUUAAAGUAACGAAGCGUGAUUUACAUAUUUUGGAAAAUAUCAGUUUUCUCUCGGCUGAAUUGAUUACCUGUAUUUAAAAUUUCAUGAAGAAAACAAAAUCGAAAUAUCAACACUAGAUUAUCUCCCAGCUUGGAUUUAAUUGGAUUAAGAUCAAGCUGAUCAGUUAGAUUUAAUUGGAUUAAGAACAAGCCCAUCAAUUAGAUUUCGUGAAACAUAAAGGUGAUUCCUAUAUCACUCAAAUAAUAAUAAUAUUAAUAAUGAUAUAUUUGUAUCAUGCAACUAUUCAAUCCACUAGGGAAUGCACUAAGGGCUAGAAAAUGUUCUCACUUUGGAGUGUUAAUGAUAGUGAUUAUAUAACCAAGUUUUCACUUUGAUUUAAAACUGGCACAGAUUCACAUUGUCGGAUCAAAUACAAUUAAAUUUACAGUUAUAUGAAGUUUAUGAAUUAAGAAAUUGCUGAAAAUUCUAAUAUUCCCGAAAACAAAUUCUAUCUUACUAACCUUAUAUAUAAACAUUACAAAAAAUUGACUGAGAGGAGAAAUUUUGAAAUAAGACCACCAGUUCAUUCUUUGUAUUUUUAAAACCUGCAUUUUAAUUAUCAAUGAUUUGCAUUUUAUUUUAAGUGAAAAAAGUUUUGCAUUUGAGGCUAAUAGAUCUGUUUUAUUGAUUCUGAUGAUUUAAAGACAAUUGAAUCGUUUCUAUGGUCUAAUGACCAAUUGAUUUCAAUUUUGAGAUAUAUUUUUUCAUGAUUAAAGUGAGUUUUUAUUGGAGAAUGUUGUAAUUUGAGAUGUUAUUAUGUCUUGUAUAUAAUGUAAAGUUCUGAUAUGUAGGGGUUUUCAUCAUGUAGUCUUAAGACUUUGAUGCGUUGCUGUAGUAGUGUUAUAUUGUAUAACCAACUAGACAAAAAUAGUUUUACGGUUUAAAUAGAGAUUGAUUCAUGCUUAUCACAGACCAAUUUACACUUCUAUAUACAUAAAUGAUGAAAUAAGAUAAAGGUUAACAAAUAAAAGAAGUAAAUAAUAUAAAACUACAGACAUGUAAUACUGUAGACUGUUAUAGAGUCAUAUAUGUAAUAUUAUAUAACUAUAUGAAGCCAUUAUUUCAUAUUCGUAUUUGGAUAGUCAGUAGUUAACUAUUAAAAUAGUAGAUUGACUUGUCAUAAAAACAAACCCAAACAUAGUCAGUAGAUAACUGUACUUAAAUAGUUACCAGUACUUAAAUAGAACAGAAGAACUAACUCUCAUCUUCAUGUAACAGGAUAUUAUUACUACUUCACUCUACAAUAUGUAAUAACUACUCUGUCAAAUUACUCUUUUUAAUCUGUGGACUCACUGGAGACAAUGCCUAAUUCUCAUCCAUGUAAAAUAGUAUAGCCCAAUACUGUGAAAUAAAACAAACAAUUUCAUUGGAUAAGUAGGUAAACAACAGCAUAUACAAUGACAUAAUGGUUGGGGGGAGGGGGGCGUGUCUAAACUAGUCCGUUAUGUGAUAAUCAUCAUGGUGUAACAUAUAUUGAAAUGAAAUAUAAUGACCCUGGGGACGGUGCCCAAUAAUAAACAUAGGUGACCUGUGAUUAUAUGUUAACUUUCUUCCUUUGUAAAUAUAAAUUCCGACGAAAGUAGACAACAGUCCAAUAAUAUCAGACAAUCUUAAAAUACUUUAAUUCUUAUUUUUAGUGUUCCAUUUUUUACUUUUAUUUAUCUUUCUGAAUUUUUUUUCUUGUAAUUUUAUAUUUUUUU